GGUCGCUAUUUUCCAUUUUGGCGCUAAAUUAAGCAACCGCUGACAUGGUGAUACCUCUGCAUCUAAGCCUCCAGAACCUGCCAUUGGUACCCAGAAGCAACCAAAUCAAAGCAGAACCAAGAAAGGACUGGAAUUCUAUUAUCAAACAUCAAACGAAGCUUAAGAAUGACCCUGCAAUUCUUUCUUUGUAUACCCAGAUGGAAUGUCUGGGCAUAGCCCCUGAUGGAACCACUUUGCCCCUGGUUCUGAAGGCAUGUGCGCGGCUAAAUGCUGUUGAAGAUGGAAAGAGAAUACAUUCCAGUAUUAAAAGCACCAGUUUGAUUGACAAUGUUCGGGUUGGGACUGCUCUCAUUGAUUUUUAUUCAAAGUGUGGGUUUUUGGAGGAUGCGCGCAUGGUUUUUGAUGAAAUGCGUGAGAGAGAUUUGGUUUCUUGGAAUGCUAUGAUUUCUGGGUAUGCAGGUUGUGGUGAUUGUGAGGAGGUGAUUUUGUUGUUGAAGAGGAUGCAAAUGGAGGGUUUCAGGCCCAAUUCUCGUACUGCUGUUGCAGUGCUUUUGGUAUGUGGGGAGGUUGAGGAAGUGAGAUUGGGGAAGGCGAUUCACGGGUAUUGUUUGAGGAAUGGAUUGUUUGGUUUGGAUCCCCAUGUGGGUACUGCUUUGGUUGGGUUUUAUGCAAGUUUUGAUGUUAGAGUUUCGCAUCUUGUGUUUGAUUUGAUGGCUGUGAGGAAUACUGUGAGCUGGAAUUCCCUGGUUACAGGGUAUUUUGAGGUUGGGGAUUCCUUGAAUGCUUUGAAAAUUUUCUUGAAAAUGCUGAUGGAUGGGGUUAAAUGUGAUUCUGUUACGAUGUUGGUUGUUAUUCAGGCCUGUGGAAAAAUUGGAUCUCUUGGGUUGGGCAAUCAAAUCCAUCAAAUGGCUGUUAAGUUAAACUACAGUUGCAAUAUGUUCAUAGUCAAUGCAUUGCUUAAUAUGUAUGGUGAGAUUGGAAAUUUAGAAUCUUCAUGUCAGUUAUUUGAUGCCGUCCACACCUGUGAUGUAGCUCUUUGGAAUUCUAUGUUAUCUGCAUAUAUUGACUGUGGCUGCUAUGAGGAAGCUACUAAUUUGUUUGCUAAAAUGCUAGAUGAAGGAAUCAGCAAGGAUGAAAGAACCAUUGCUAUAAUGUUGUCUUUGUGUGCAAAAAUAGAUGAUGGUUUGAGGAAGGGUAAAAGUUUCCAUACUUUUGCAAACAAGAAUGAGAUGAGGAUGGAUGUUAAUCUUGGGAAUGCUUUAUUAAAUAUGUACGCAAAGCAACGUUGUAUAGAGUCUGCGAAGAAGGUGUUUGAAGAAAUGAGUACCAUGGAUGUCAUCUCAUAUAACACUUUGAUUGCAGCUCUUGCCCAGAACGAUCUCAGGACUGAAGCAUGGCAGCUCUUUGUGUUGAUGCAAGUGUCUGAAGUAGAACCCAACUCUUACACAAUCGUAUCUAUUCUUGCUGCAUGCCAACACGAAACAUGUCUUCAUAUUGGGAGAUCACUUCAUGGCUUUGUGAUAAAACUAGGCAUAGAAGUCAACCUAUCACUGAACACUGCACUCACUGAGAUGUAUAUUAACUGUGGUGACAAAGCAGCAGCCAGAUACCUAUUUGAGAGCUGUCCUAAUAGGGACUUGAUCUCGUGGAAUGCUCUGAUUGCCAGUUAUAUUAAAAACAACCUAGCUGAUCAUGCUCUCUCACUUUUUACUCGCAUGAUUUCAGAAGUGGAACCCAACUCAGCUACGGUAGUAAGUAUUCUCUCAUUAUGCACCCUUCUUGCACACAUGCCUCAAGGCCAAUGCUUGCAUGCUUAUGUGAUACGGCGGAAAUCCUAUUUUGAUUAUGAUUUGUCUCUUGCAAAUGCUUUUAUAACAAUGUAUGCAAGAUGUGGUAGCAUGUAUAAUGCAGAAAAAUUCUUUAAAAUCUUACCAAAGAGAGAUAUAAUUUCAUGGAAUGCUGUGAUAAGUGGUUAUGGACUGCAUGGUCGUGGUCAUGAUGCUAUUUGUGCCUUCUCACGAAUGCUAGAGGAUGGUUUUCAACCUAAUUCAGUCACUUUCCUAUCUGUUCUGUCUGCUUGCAGCCAUUCUGGUUUGGUAAAUGAGGGACUAAAUCUCUUUCAUUCCAUGGUUCAAGAGUUCCGUAUCAACCCCCAGCUUGCUCACUAUGGUUGUGUGGUUGAUCUGCUUGGUCGUGCAGGCUGCUUAGAUGAAGCUAAAGAUUUUAUCAAAUCAAUGCCCAUAAAACCUGAUGCAUCAGUGUGGAGAGCACUGCUCAGUGCUUAUCGAGAUCAUUGUGAUCCUAAGGAAGCUAAGAGACUUUUUGAAAAAAUUGUUGAAUUAGAGCCAAUGAACCCAGGAAAUUAUGUCUUGCUGCGUAACAUUUAUGCUGAAGCCGGCCUCUGGUCAGAGGUCAGACAAAUAAGAAGAUGGCUCAAAGAGAAGGGCUUAAGAAAGCCCCCGGGAAUCAGUUGGAUUGUCAUUGGAAGCCAGAUGAAUUGUUUUACUGCUAGAGAUAGGUCACACCCUCUGAUUGACAAAAUUUAUGCAAAUUUGAGUCAUCUGUUAUCCUCAAUCAAAGAAAAUGGAUACGUUCCGGAUCUUAACUGUGCUUUACGUGAUGAAGAUGAAGAGGAUUAAAAUGAACGUUAGGGGCUGUG